AUGCCGCAACCAUGUGUUGCUCCACCGCCUGCAUCCGUCAUCCAAGCUGAUGUGCCAUUACAACCUGUCCUUGAGCAGCAGGCUGAGCUACUUUGCGUUGAGCUUCGCGAAUGCCUUGUGCGUGUUGAGAGUGUCUUGGCAAGGGCGGAGGUUGCUCUUGGUAAACUUCAGGUUGUGUCGAUUGGGUCUCUACUUCCCGAGCUUCAGGUUGGCUCUGCAGAUGGAGAGGAAGUCGACCUCUAUGGAGGGUUCUCUCCUCGUGCUAGACCCUGCUCUAUGGUGUCGACUGACGUUGGGGGUGAAGUGAUUGUUGAGGAUGUGGCUCCAAUUCUACAGAUUAUGCCUGAGUUGACAGUGCUAUGUGAGGAGUCCACUCCACCUCUUUCGGUGGCGAUUCCGAAGGAGAUGGGCUUGCUAGGGGCGUUGGCGGUGCCCAUGACACCCUCACCACCGCCCUUGGAGUCUAGCCAGAUAGACUUUAUGGUGUGUGCAGGUUUGGAUGCCUCGGUCACGCGCUUGCCUGUGACCGUUGGGCACGUGGUGCCCCCAGGUGGAGAUGUUGUUGGGACAAAUACGUUGGCACCUUGUUCCGAUGCUCUCUUUGCAAAAGAGCUUUGCAGCUUGCUCUCUAGCUUGGAGGCGGCUAGCCCUGGGUCUGGUAAAGUGGUUGCAUGCAUCCUGACCGAAAAGUUUAACAAAGACAAGAUCAAAAAGGUGGAGAAGUCUCUCAAAAGCAAAAACAAGAAGAGUGAUGCCUUAGGGAAGGCGUCUGCGGCUGCUUAAUGGCUGCUCCUUGGUCUUAUGGGCCGUCCUCAUGGUUUAGCUUAUCAUCGUGGUUUUUGGGGGGUCAUUUCUCUACAUCCGAGGUGUUCUUUUUGGGGAUUCCUUUGCGAUGUAGAUGCGUGUGGGCUUGGGUCUGUUGCUUGUUGGAAAUGUCUGUAGGGUCGACAGUGCGAUCUUGGGGGUUUAGACUUUGGGAGUAGUCCGCAUGUGAUUUGUUUGUAUUGGUUUUCGCCCGGUUUUCCAUUAAUUAACCGGACAACUCUCUUCUUCUUAAUUAAUCGAUGAGGCAAAUCUUUUGCCUCCGUUUC